GGACCGCGCCGGCCGCCGCAUCCUGCUGGUCGUCAUGUCACUCAUGUUCGGCAUCGAGAUCGGCUUCAAGCUGGCCACGCGGCAGCUGAUCUACCUGCUGAACCCGUGUCACGUGACCACGGCCACACAGAUUAUCUUGCUGGCUAUACCGCCGAGCAAGUAUACGACCAUCAUAUUCCGAAUACACCUGAACUUCAUGAACGGCGCCGUUCUGGCCCUUCUGUUUCCCGUCACGAAUACACGUCUGCUGCCGUUCGAAGCCGAGUUGUACUGGAUCCAGCACUCGAUGAUGCUGGUGGUGCCAUACUACAUGCUCCGCCUGGGAGGGGUGUACACCAUCGAGAAGCUGCAAGACAUGACGUGGUCGGUGAUGUCGCUGGGCAUGUCGAUGCUGUACCACUUCACCGUGCUGCAGGCCAUUGGGAUCGCGACCACGGUCAACCUGAACUCGAUGGUGUGCCCAGCCAUCUCUGACCCUUUCUACGGGCCCUGGUACCGGGUGGCGGCAUUCAUACACCAGUCGCUCUUCAUACCGCUCUGCUGCAAGGUCUUCUGUGUCAUCGCCCGAUUCUUUUUGACUCAGUUCAAGCCGACAGCCGUGAAGCCGCACCUGUGGACGGAUGUGACAGAGGCGGCGCACCAGCGGAGCGCCCAGCCGCGCUGCGCCAGCUGCCACCGGCGCACCUACAGCAACGGCGGCGCCGGCGACGGGCUGCGUCCGACCGUCGGCGGCGACAAGGCCGACUGAGCGGGCGCCGUGGAGGCUGCACUCCCGGGGCGGGGCUGCUCUCGGCCCCGGGCAGGAGGUGGUCCGCAGCAGCGGGCCACGCGGAGGCCCAAUGGUGGCGGGCACACGAAUCGAGGAGAGUCUCCGGGUUGAUCGUAAGGAUAGCU